CGUCCACUCCCCAUCGCAUUCCCGUCACUUCACCGUCGCGUCCCCUUUCUGUCGCCUCCCCGAUGCGUCCCCUCCUCGUCGCGUCCCCUCCUCGUCGCCUCCCCGUCACCUUCCCGUCGCAUCCUCUCCCUGUCGCCUCCCCUUCCCCUCCUCGUCGAAUCCCUCCAUGUUGUCUCCCCGUUGCAUCCCCUCUCCGUCGCCACUACUUCCCCUCCCCGUCGCCUCCCCUUCCCCCUUCCGUCGCGUACCCCUCCGUCGUGUACCCCUCUCCGUUGCCUCUCUUCACCUCCCCGUCCCCUUCCCCGCCACCUCACCUGCUAA